AUGCAUACCGAAAGGGUCGCGGAGGCCGAGGCCCAGGAGGCACGCCCAAAAAUUGCUCUCUCGACUAUACUGGCAGUGUUUUUCUUGGGCCUUUCAUUCGUUCCCGCUAUCGCGUCAGGCUUCGUGAUGCCUUCACAAAUUAUCGCCCAGAUCGGCAUGUCUCUGGAUGGUCUUGAGGAUAUCGCAUGGAUCCCUGGCGGUUGGUCCAUCGGCGCCGCUGUCUCUUUCGCUAUCGCUGGUGCACUCAGUGAUAUCUUUGGACGUCGGUGGGUCGUUAUGUUCGGUCAAAUGCUCGUCCUUGUCGGCUCUAUCGUGUCUGCUACAGCAGGGACUGUUCGCAUCGUUGCUGCAGGGAGCUCCAUGAUCGGCUUCGGUGCUGGUUGUAUCUUGGUCUCAUAUGCAGGUAUCGCCGAAUUGCUCCCGAACAAGUACCGUGGCAUAGGUCUAGCAUGGACCGAGUUCUGUAUCACCAUCCCGUGGGGCGUCCUGUCCGGUUAUAUCGCGACUCAGCUUUAUCUCAAGUCCACUUGGAGAUGGUGUUACUAUAUCAGUAUCAUCUACGCAGGUCUCGUGCUCAUUGGUACCUUUUUCUCCUACUACCCACCGUCCCACCCACAAGGAGACUAUGAAAGAUCCAGAUGGCAGGAAUUCAAGGAGCUGGAUUUUGUCGGUCUCUUCCUCUUUACUGCCGGUCUUGUCGUCUUCCUCGUCGGUAUCGCAUACCUCGGACGUACCACUUACUCCGUACCAAUGGUCGCAGCGACUAUCACCGUCGGCGGUAUUGUCUUCAUCUCGGCCUUCAUCUACGACUUUACAAUUCCCAAGAAGCCCAUCUUCCCUCUUCAUCUCUUCCGCAUGUUCGGCGAAUUUUCGGUUUAUCUCAUCAUCCUAUUCAUCUGUGGUAUGAUCUGGCAAUCUAUGAUCGCCUUGUCCAGCCAAGGGACUCUCUACAUGUUCACCAAUGAUCUUACCGAGAUCGGCCUCAUCUCCAUUCCAGGAAACGUCUCUGGUGUCAUCGGAGGCUGGAUCCUGCCGAGUUUGAUUCACAAGAUCAAGCAUGUACGAUACCAAGUCUUCGCUGCUAUCCUUGUUCAGACAAUAUUCACCGCGUCUUACGCUGCCGUGGUACCCAACAACAAGAUCGGCUAUAUGAUCCUACCCAUGUUUGGACAGAGCGCCUUUACUUGGAUGACUCUACUCUCACUGGUGGCAUCUGGAUUAUUUGUCCCAUCUGAGGAGCUGGGAACCACCGCUGGUCUACUUGGUACAUUCCGCAGUGCAGGAGGAUCUGUCGGUAACGCAGUCUUCUCCACCAUUCUCGCCUCAAGACUCAACAAGAACUUGGCCAAGAACAUCGCAGGCGCUGCAAUUGGCACCGGCUUCAAUCCUGCGGAUCUCGGCAAGCUAAUUCCUGCCGUUAUCGAGAACGCAGUUGGUGUUCCAUUCGUCUUGAAGAGCGUUCCCGGCGUUACUGCCGCAGUCGAAGAGGUCACCGCCGCUGCAUUCAAGAACACCUACGCAGAUGCUUUCCGGCUCGUGUAUUACUGCACGAUACCCUUCGGUGUCGUCGCUUUGGUCGCAGCUUACUUCGUUCGUGAUCCCGGUCAUCUUAUGAACAACCACGUUGCCGUGCACCAGGAAAAGAUGGUGCUCGAGGAUAGGAAACAAAAAGAGAUUGGCGAGGAUGGUUUUAAGGUACCGGUCUGA